AUGGUAUAUGAUAAACAUGAAAAAGAGUCAUUACCAUUAGGAAAAAGUACUUCUUUUUGUUUUGACACAAUACUUGUUGUAGAUUUUGGAUCUCAAUAUAGUCAUUUGAUUAUUAGAAGGUUUAGAGAAUUUAAUGUCCGUUCAGUAUUAGUUUCAUGUACGAGUAAGAUUCAAGAUUUGGGAUGGAAGCCCAAAGGUAUUGUUUUAUCGGGAUCGCCAUAUUCAGUUUAUUCAGAAGAAGCACCACAUGUUGAAUCAUAUAUUUUUGAUUUGGGUAUUCCUAUUCUUGGUAUUUGUUAUGGACUUCAAGAAAUAGCUUGGUAUUAUGGAAAAUGUGUUUUUUUUUGUGAAAAACGUGAAUAUGGUCAUGCAACUUUGAAGAUAUUGGAAACACCGCGAUCUUCACUUUUUGAUGGAAUAGAUGAGAUUCAGCAAGUUUGGAUGUCUCAUGCAGAUGCACUUUCUACGCUUCCAGAUGGGUUUUGUGUUAUAGCAGAGACAAGUAAUGCUCCUUAUGCUGCAAUUGCGCAUGAAAGUAUGAAUAUUUUUGGAUUGCAAUUCCAUCCCGAAGUUACACAUACAGUGUGUGGUACUAAAAUAUUGAAGAAUUUUGCACUUAAUAUAUGUAAGUGUUCUCAAAAUUGGACUAUGGAAUUUUUUGUAGAUAAUGAAAUUGCCAAGAUUAGACAGCUUGUAGGUAACGAAAAUCAUGUAAUUGGAGCUGUGAGUGGUGGAUUGGACUCUGCUGUUGCUGCUAAAAUUAUGAAAGAAGCUAUUGGUGAUCGAUUUCAUGCAAUUUUUGUUGAUAAUGGGAUGAUGCGGCUAAAUGAAUGUUUUCAGAUUGUGGAAAUGUUGAGUACUUGUUUAGGAAUUAAUUUAACUAUAGUAAACGCAUCUGAUGAAUUUUUUGAUAAACUUUUGCAUAUAAAAGAUCCAGAAGAUAAGAGAAAAAUAAUUGGAAAUACAUUUAUCCAUAUAUUUGAGCGUGAGACUAAAAAGAUCGAUGCCAAGAUUGAAAAUAAAAUAAAGUUUUUGGUUCAAGGAACUUUGUAUCCUGAUGUUAUUGAAAGUGUUAGUUUUAAAGGACCAAGUCAGGUUAUUAAAAGUCAUCAUAAUGUUGGUGGUUUGUUGAAAGAUAUGCAUUUUAAGUUAAUUGAGCCUUUACGAGAACUUUUUAAAGAUGAGGUUCGAAUAUUAGGUAAAUUUUUUAGCAUGCCUGACGAUCUUAUUUGGAGACAUCCUUUUCCUGGUCCUGGACUUGCUAUACGAGUCCUUGGAGAAAUUACUCCUGAACAAAUAAAUAUUGUACGUCAAGCGGAUUUUAUUUUUAUUGAUGAAAUUAAAAAAGCGGGAAUAUAUAAAAAGAUUAGUCAGGCAUUUGUAACUUUGCUACCUUUGAGAACAGUAGGAGUAAUGGGAGAUCAAAGAACUUAUGAGCAAGUUGUUGCUCUUAGAGCUAUAACUACUAUUGAUUUUAUGACGGCUGAUAUUUACAAUUUUGAUAUAGAAUUCCUUAAGAAAGUAAGUGCAAGAAUAACUAAUGAAGUUAGAGGUGUGAAUCGUGUUGUUUAUGAUAUAUCUACAAAGCCACCUGCUACAAUUGAAUGGGAAUAG